GUGAUGCAUAUUCGAUCCCUAGAGAUCGACGAAGCCUUCCGUUUUUGUUUUUCACCGACGACGAGACCGGAAGUCAGCCAGAUCGCCCGCCGACAGGACUCUCCGAUGCCGACCGCCGGCUCCCCCUCCUUCUCUUCCGCCACGAGUACUUCGAUUGCAGUCGACCUGACAGAUAACUCGUCGUCCAACCCUGGCGGCAGCGCUGGCGGCGCCGCCGGAUCGAACGCGAUGCAGUCGUGGUGGGAGUCCAUCUCCAAAGCACGCUCCCGGAUCCUUGAACUGGUGUCUCUCCUUCACUUGCCGGAUCUCGCGGCGCUGGCCGACUCUGACCGCCCCGCCCGCUCCCUCCUCGAUUCCCCCGUCGCGUACGCCGCGCUCUCCGCUGCCCUAUCCUCCCCCUCCUCGGGAUCCGGCGACGACCCGCUCUGCCAGUGGCUCUAUGAUACCUUCCAGUCGUCCGACCCCGAUCUCCGCCUCGUCGCCCUCUCCUUCGUACCUCUGCUCGCCGGCCUCUACCUCUCCCGCGUUGUCUCCUCCUCUUCCUCCAAUUCGCCUUCCUUGUCCGGUUUCGAGGCCGUCCUCCUAGCUCUAUAUGCCACCGAGGUAAAAGCUCGCGGUGGAAAGCCCCUUCUUGUUUCCAGUCCCGACCUCUCCGUCCACUCCCUCUACCACACACCCCGCCCCUCCGGCCUUCAGUCUACCUCGGUGCAGCCAAAGCCUCCCCCCGUAGGCGUCCUCUCUCCUCCUCUAGAACCCCAGAUUGCCGUAAAGUCCACCAAGCGUGCGUGCAUUGUCGCAGUGGCACUCGAUUCCUUUUACAAAAUAAUCUCCUCUAUGCCCAGCCGCUCAAAGAUCGAUUUUUGUGAGUUUGUUGCUGGUUGGGCCGGCCAGGAUUGCCCCUGCCGCUUCGAGCUAGAUGAUGGCGACUUGAAGCCUCCGUUGAGCUGUUCCUCAUCCCUGUCAUCCUCCUCCUCCUCCCAGAUUAGAAUUCUCGCCGAGGGUGACGGAGAAAUAGGAGGCGCCGUGGACUAUAUGCGGAGACUCAAUAUCCAGGAUAGCCACAAUAGCAAUAGGGAAGAGGAAGAGGAUAAUAUUCAUAGUAGAGGUUCUAGAGUUCCUCUCCCUUGGGAGCUUUUGCAGCCGGUGCUGAGGAUCUUGGGGCACUGUCUUCUUGCACCUCUCAAUUCUCAGGAGGUGAGGGAUGCGGCAUCCGUCGCAGUGCGCUGUGUAUAUGCUCGGGCGUCGCAUGAUCUGUUGGCACAGGCUAUUUUGGCUUCCCGGAGCUUGAUUCAGCUGGAUAAUACUGCAAGAAAAGUGGGAAAACCAGAAACUUCCCAGGGCAAUUCUUCAAAACCCAACACACCAAGCAAGCCGAAGAAACCAGAAGUGUUCCUGGUCUCCAAAUGAUCAAUCUCUUCUUGCAGUGAUGGAUUUCCUGCUCCCUAUGCAAACUUGGAACAACCAUUAUUUGGUAUAAAACUUACGCUCAUUUAGUUUCCAAACUUGUAAUCUUCUUCUCUGUUCAUAUUUUAUGGAUUUGGUGCAGCAACUUUGGGUGCCUGAAUCGUACUGCCGAAGGAAUUUCUCAGUAGUGUUUCUUUGGAUUAUUCGACAUUCAAAUUUAUGAACUUCAAUCAGAUGCGUGUAAAAUGUUUUUUUUUUAGUUUGAACUUUCCACUGUGAUGCAAAUUGUUGUAUCUGUAAAACAUUUAGGGUAUUUGAUGAAAACACUUUCCAUUGAUUGAUGCAAUCAAAAUUACAGUGCUUUAUACAUAAUCU